AUGGAGUCCUCCCAUGAGGACAUUGAAGACGCAUUCUUGUCAUCGAUUGCAUUCAUCAUCAUGGCUACCAUCUUUCUCCAGUUCCUUAUCGUCUACCUCGCAAUCGAAAUAGCGUGUUUGGUUGUCCAACGUUUGGAGAGCACAGAAAUCGAUUGCGAAUUAGGUGAGAUCGAUGCUGUGCGUCGCAAUGAAGUCGAUACAUGGCUACCCGUUAUUGCUAAAGGCGAGCCCUGCCUGGAUACUUAUUUGGUGAACUCAACACCACCUCCACCUUACAUGAGUCCACCACCUCCACCUUACAAAGAUGUUGAUGGUCUAGAUGUUCUCAUUGUAGAGCUGGAGGAUGGCGACAAUAUAUAG